ACACAGGUGGAGGAAACAGUGUUGGUAUCUGCCACUCACCAGAACAGUUCCUCCUCCCCCCUCCGGCUGCCAAGUAGCUAUAAACCUCGAAGACGGAAAAAGUCUGUGGUUGAAGAAAAAAGCAAAAUGACUCAGGAUUUUGAAAGAAGGUGGACGAUAGCCCUGAACUCCAUCCUGGAGGAACUGAGAGAGAACGAAUACAACAAGUUGCUGUUCUCUUUGGACAAAAUACCCACGAGUGUGAAGUAUGCCAAGACCAGAGAAGAAAUGCCCCAGAUAAUCAUCCAGCACUAUGGAACAGAAAAAUCCAUCACUGUUAUAAAGAAAGAAAUGGAGCAGCUGCCUCGGAUGGACUGUAGAGUCCAGGGCCCACUGCGCCCCUUUGUGGACAAACUGAAGAAAAACAACCAGAAAAAGAACAAGAGUAAGACGACCGAACCUGCUGGAACUUCAGGGUUAGUCAAGAAAGGAACUGCAGCUGGUAAGACGACUAAACCUGCAGGAGCCUCAGGGUUAGUCAAGAAAGAAGGAACUGCAGCCAGUAAGACGACUAAACCUGCAGGAGCCUCAGGGUUAGUCAAGAAAGAAGGAACUGCAGCCAUUCCCCAGCAGUUCGGCCAACCUGACAAGAAACCCCCCCAGAGAGGCGGCAGCGACCUCGGUACAAACGCUGCAGCUGCGACAGCGGCGCUGAAUCCUGCUCAGCUCUUAACGAAGAGGAAGGUUGAUGCUGCCGGAGCAGUGAAGCCCAAACAGAUAAAGACAAAAGAACAAAGUUCAUCCCUGGAGCCAACUGGAUGCACCGAUGUUCCCAAGGCAGAAAGUGCUCUGUCGUGAAUGCGCUGAUCAAGAUCAUAACGAUCUUAAAAUCCAAUAAGACAAACAUUCACCUGGUGGCGGAGGUCAACCAGCAGACGAAGACCUUGUUUGUGACAUCUCGACUUCUGGCAGACGCAUUCGGCUUUAAAUUGGAGGAUGAUUUUAAAGAAAUGUUGCCGCUCCUUGCAGAAGUGAAAUUACAAGGAAAUAAAAUAAAAGAGAUUAAGAGGCUGUAAGAAUGACGUGAAUCUGUGGAACAGAAACCUCGUCAACAUCUUCAUACAUUUCUUUUUUUUUUAAAUGUAACCUUCCCAUUGUGGUUACCAGAGCAGUGCUUUUCUCUUUGAAAUGGUUUUGGUUGCGCUUACAAUUGCAGAUGUGGGGUAUCUCUCUGCUUUGAGGUUUGUUGUUCAUGAAUAAAAAGACACGGCGCAAACACUCCGACUGGUCUGAACUCCUUGU